AAGACAACACAAACUCACCAACAAACAUCUUUAUUAAAAGAAAGUAAGGAAAAAAAAGAGAGAGAUAUCGAAGAUGAAUGCCACAAAGUUUGUUGUGCUUAUGAUAUUUGUUGGAGUUGUGUGUGCCAAAGUUGGCGCGAGGCAGCUCGAAGAAGUGUCCAAAGAGAACAAAAUAGGCAUACAUGUUUCCAAAACUGCCACUACCAACGGUCUUGGAGCUGAGCUUGCCGUUACUGCUUCAACAAGUGCCUACCAUUCGGAGAAUUCCGGUGCUAAUGCUGCUGCUGGUCCUAGAAGCGCCAGUGGAUAUGGAAGUACCUAUGGAAGUACAAGCGGAUAUGUCACUGCGGAUGGUCCCAACGCAAACGCUUAUUCUGGCAGUGGCGCUUACGGUCAAACCGGUGCUUAUGCUGCAGCGGGUCCUGGUGGUGCCACCGGCAGUGGAUACAGUGACGGAUAUGCCGGCAGCAGUGCAGAUGGAAGCAUCAGUGACCCUUGAGCGAUUGGUGAUCAUGCACUCAAGUCUCCCGCGUAUAUACUAUACUAUAGUAUUCUACAAACUCAACAAUCUCUUCUGUAUUCAUAAAUAAAACUUGGAGAUUGUCACCUUUAAUAAAUUAAUGAAAUGCUACUACCCUAUAUGUGUCAUGUCUAUUGUACUCCUAUGAAAUAAAAGCAAUAAUUACGACCUAGUUACUACUGUUCUGUG